GAGAAGAUUUGUUUACACACCUCCGAAAUCCUGUUCUGGUUCUAAUUAAAGGAGGUUAAUUGCCGCAGUUGUCUCUUUCGGUAUGUUCAGUGGAGGAAGUUAAACUUGGAAAUAAUCAUGUAUCAAACAGCCCUUCUUCUUUUGUCUGGACCAUUGCGGCUUUUAAUUGAAUCAAUUGGACCUUAUUUAAGCUGGACAAAUAAAAAAAUAGCAAAAUGUUUAUAUGUCAAAUUAGAACCCGAGUUAUACAACCCAAUUUCAAAAUCUGAUAGUAUAAACUUAAAACGUUUAUCAACUGUAGUGCCUGUGGUAUAUCACAAAGCUUCAUCUCUCUGCAAAAAUGUUGACGUCCGUGUUUUAUUAGGAAAUAUAGAGCAAUCUAAAUUAACUCAAAGCAAACAGUUGAAUUUUGAUGCAAUUGUAACAAAUUGUGAUCCGACGGAUAUCCGCAAUUAUCUCAAACAGAAUUAUGGUAAAUCUUGUGAUAACAUUAUUAAACUUAAUGAUAUUGAUACCCCAGUUAGUCAAGUAGAAUUAGAAUCGGAUGAUACAGAAUUUCAAACUUUUGAUACCGUAUGUUUAGGUGGCACAUUUGAUCGUCUCCACAACGGUCAUAAAGUUUUUUUAAGUGAAGCAGCUUUAAAAGCUACUAAAAAAAUAAUUGUUGGUGUUUCUGAUGGUGUUACAUUAAAAAAGAAAAUAUUAUGGGAACUGAUUGAGCCAGUUGAAAAAAGAAUCAAAGAUGUUACUGAUUUUUUGGAAGAUAUUGAUUCUUCUUUAAAAUAUGAGGUUGUGCCAAUUUAUGAUGUAUAUGGACCUACUAUUACACUACCUGAUAUUGAUUGUUUAGUUGUAACUACUGAAACUAGAAUAGGAGGAGAAAAAGUGAAUAAUGAAAGAAAGAAUAGGGGCAUGUCUGAAGUUAAAUUACAUAUUAUUGAUGUAGUUGAGAACACUGACAGAAGUAAAGACGAAGAUGAAAAGUUAAGUUCAUCAACAAAACGAAUGCAUCUUUUAGGAAAGCCUCUUAAAAUAUCAAAGCCUUCAUUAAUCUCUAAACCCUAUUGUGUCCUCUUGCGAGGGCACCCACUAAGUGGAAAAUCAUUUGUAGCUAACAAGUUGCAACUUUCUGGGAUUCCUGUUCUUUGUUGUGAUGAAAUGCUUUCCGCCAUCUUCCAUAAAGAUAGUGAAUUAAAAAAAUUUAUCAUUAAAGAAUUUGGAGAAGAAAUUUGCAAUGAUGAAGAUUCCUUUGUCUUUGAAAAGCUAGUUAUAGCUUGCUUGAAGAACAAAGAAAAGAAGGAUUGCUUAGCACAAUUAGUACUUACUAAACUGACAUCCGCCUUACAGCAAGUAUUUCAAGUUUAUUCUGAACAAGGAUCACAUACCAUUCUUGUAAAAGAUUCCAGUAUUUUUGAAGGUUGUGAGCUUGGGAUUAAAGUCAAUGAGAUAUGGGCGACUAUACUUCCAGCUUCUGAGUCCAUUAAAUUAUUUAAAGAACAUUACCUAGUUACUGAAGAAGAAGCUGGUAAAUUAAUAGAUUCAUUGCCAUCAAAUGAACAAUAUGUAGCUACUGCAAAUGUUUUAUUUUGCAAUAAAUGGUCACCAGAUACCACUCAACAACAGGUGAAUCGAGCCUUCUCCUAUUUGAAGUCCAUCCAAAAAUCUACUUAAAGUGAUAUAGUUGUACUUAUUUUUUAAAUUUUAUUCUUAAACUUCUAUAAACUUAUCAGGAUAUAUAUAUAUAUGUAUUUGUUGAACAUUAAAUAUUUUUAUCUUUUUAGACUGA